AUGUGCAAGUCUAUUAACCCUGACGAGGCUGUGGCUUACGGUGCAGCGGUUCAGGCAGUGAUUCUUAAGCCGGUGAAGGGAACGAGAAAGAUGCAAGACCUUCUUCUGUUGGACGUGACUCCUCUUUCUCUCGGUCUUGAAACCAGCCGGUGGAGUCAUGACACUUUGAUCGAGAGAAACACAACAAUCCCGAAAAGAAGGAACAAUCUUCUCCACUUACUCGAAGACAACCAGCAGAUCACAGAAUGUUGUUUCGACAUUGACGCGAACGGCAUCCUCAACGUCUCGGCAGAGGACAAGACCACAGGGAAGAAGAAGCUUUCUGCUGGGGACAAGAAGAAGAUUGAAGAUUUGGUUGAUGAAGCGAUACAAUGGCUUGAUGGUAACCAAAUGGCUGAAGCAGAAGAGUUUGAAGAUAAGAUGAAGGAGUUGGAGAGUGUUUGCAAUCCGAUCAUCUCUAAGAUGUAUCAAGGAGGUGCUGGUGGUGAAGCUGGUGGUCCUGCCGCCGGAAUGGAUGAGGACGAAGCUCCUCCUUCUUCAGGCGGUGCUGGUCCCAAGAUUGAGGAAGUUGAUUAA